AUGAAAAAAAUAAAAUCUUCUUUUAUUACUUCUACUACCGAAGUACCGCCAUCACCAUUACCUAUUUGUAAAUAUUGUAAAAAACUAUGUAGUGGGCAACCCGACACAUUCUGUCGAGCUCGACUAACAAUAAAUAAGAAAAGAGCAGAACGACAACAACAACAACCAUCACAAUUUCAAUCGCAAGCGCAAUUACAAAUAGAGAAACCAAAACAAAAAAAAACACAGAUAAUUAAAUCUCGAGGAAUUCCAACAAAUAUUAUACCUAUUUGUAAAGGAGGAUUUUCUCGAAUUUAUUCUGCUGAAUUGAUUAGUGAUGAUGAUAACAAUAAUAAUCCAAACGUAAUACUUAAAGUUUUAAAAUAUUCUCGAAAUUUUGGAGAACAACAUCUUCAAGAAUUCAUAAUCCAUCAUUUAUGUCAUACUACUUGCGCAAUUCCAUUUUAUGGUCUUACUAAGGGACUUAAAAAUAAUAGAUUAGAUUAUGCGAUGGUAAUGAAAAAAGCGAAAUAUGGAGAUUUGAGAGAUUUUCUUAAUACGGUUAAUGAUAAAAAUAAUAAUAUUAAAUUUGAUUGGAAAGAUAAAAUUACUCUACUUUUGGAAAUUUCCAAAUCAUUAAAGACUCUACAUGGAAUGGAUAUAUUACAUCGAGAUUUUCAUUGUAAAAAUAUAUUUGUAGAUGAAAAUUUUAAAAUUUAUAUUGGUGACUUUGGUUUAUCUUGUCGUGAAGAAAAUUCGAAAAAUGAUUCUUUAUAUUUAACUCAACGAUUAGAUUUCACUAUUACUGAUAUUAUUGAUCAAGAUUCUAAACAAAACAAUACUGAUUCUUUAUAUUUAACUCAACGAUUAAAUUUCGAUAUUAAUGAUAUUAUUAAUCAAGAUUCUAAACAAAAUAAUACUGAUGAUAUUACUACUAAUAGUAAUAUUGAUGCUAGUUCGAAUAAUCACUCGACUAUUGGUGUUUGCAGAUUAGAAUUGAUAGGCGCAAAGGAUCUCAAAUGUACUGACUUCUUCCUUGCAGGAGGGAAAUCGGAUCCAUAUGUUAGAGUCUUUCAUAAAGGCGGUAAAGAUAUUAUUGCUCAGACUAAAGUCAUUGAAAAUAAAUUAAAUCCUAAUUGGAAUGAAAUUCAUUAUUUGCCUGUUCAAACUAUUGGUGAUAAAUUCAUUUUGGAAGUGAUGGAUUUCAACAAAUUUAUAAAGGAUAAACCUCUCGGUAUUUGUCAUUUCGAAGUAACACGAGAAUUAGUGAAUGAAGUUUCGGAGGAUGUUUUUGAAGGCACACCAAAUGGAAUUGAUGUUUGGGCAAAACUUUCUAUCAAAGGCGAACUUAAUUACAAAGCAAAAUUCUUCGCACUCACACCUCUUCCAGAUUCAUUACCAGAUUUUCUUUCCAAUCUCAAGGAAAAACCAUUUGAUCGUUCUACAUUAUUUGUACUAAUUACACUACAAGCACCAGAUGGAAGUUUUCCACCUUCAAAUACAUUGGCCAGCUUGUUUGGUUAUAGCAAUCCUGAUGAACUACUUGAAUUUUAUAAAAAAAAUUGUCGUGAUGAUCUUGUACUAAAAAUUAACUCUACAGUAUGGACUACCAGUAUGGUCUUAUGGUUCUUACGAUAUUUAUUAAAGGAAUUCCGGAAAGAAUGGGCCGGAGUUUUUGAACGAGCUAAACAAUAUAUUAGCAAAGAAAUAAAUAGUGAUCUGGAAAUUGAAGAGAUUGUAUUUGCCAUUGGAAGAAAAGCAGUCCGUGAAAGAUUUGAUAUCAAAUUUGUAGAUACCCCAUAUCCAUCGAAAAGAAAUGUAACAAGAGAAAACAUUUCAGUCGCACAAGUUAAACGUAUUAUAAAAUUCCAAAAUGCAAAUGGUUCAUAUAAAGUCAAUGAUGGUCUCGCAAAAUCUCUUUCUUUCGAUAAUGCCGAGCAACUUCGUACGGCUCUCAAUGCCUUUAUUCGCAAAAACCUAAAAUCCGCGUCAAUCACACAAUUGGAUCAUCAGGUUUUGGUUACUAUCCUUGUAAUUUAUUUCUAUCGUUAUGUUGCAAUCGAUCAUAAGAAAGAAUGGGUACCGACAUACGAGAAGUCAUAUAAAUGGUUAUGGGGCCAGUUUAAAGGUAAGGAAAAAGUUGAACAGGAGGGGUUUCAAAUAAUCAAAUCAUUUGUUCGAGACGUAUACGAAGUUGAAGAAGGAGUUUACGAGUUGGACGCUACUUUUGAAGUAGAAAUGGAACCAAUAAUCUCAAACAUCAAGUUCCCUAAUAUAAGUAUUUACGGAAUUGUUAAAAAACCCCUUGGUGUUUUAAGAAUCGAAAUUAUUAGUGCCAAAAAGUUAAAAAAAGCAGAUUACUUGUUUGGUACCUCAGAUCCGUAUGUGAAAAUCUCUAGCGUGUCCACUGGUUGGGCAUAUGGUGAAACACGUGUCGUUUACAACAAUUUAAACCCCACCUGGAAUCAAGUUUUCUAUAUCACAAUUCAUGAAAUUAAAGACAAGUUCAAACUUCAAGUCUUCGACUAUAAUUUUGUAUUAAAGCAUACCCCUUUGGGGAAUUAUAUUCUUGAUUUAAAAGAUAUUGUCAAAAUUCUUGCCAACGGAUCCCUUGAAGGAAAGAAGUUAGGAAAACAGGAAGUUGAUCUUACUCUAAAAGGAAGAAAAUAUGGAAUGUUAUCUUUUUUUGUUGAAUUUAAUUCGUUUUCCGAAGCCGAAACUAGUUCUGUUAUUACCACCAAAACAGUCAAUAUUCGCCAUUUAUAUCUCAUAACAUCUUAUCAACGUCAAGAUGGUUGUUUUGAAUUAACUGAUAAGACUGCGAAAUUAUUUAAUUUUUCUUCUAAACAAGAAUUGAUAAAAGCAUUUUCCAAUUUUGUGGCAAAUGAUGAUGGAGUUCGUUACUUAAAGCACAAUGUUUGGAGUACUUGUCUCAUUAUUUCAUUCUUCAAAACUUUAUUAUGGAAAUAUCACUACGAAUGGAUUGCAAUUCACAACAAAGGUGAAGCUUGGUUGAGUGAUAAUGUUCCAGACAAUGAUAUUGAAGAACGUCUUUACAGUUGUGUAACCCGAUUUAUCAUUCAACACUUUAAUAUUACUGAAUGGGAAAGUGAAAGUCAAAGAAUAAGUUUGGGAGUUGAUACCAAGAUAUCAAUUAUUGUUCGUUCUAAAGCUAAUAUACGUAUUGUGCGUCGGUUUAUUACUUAUCAAAACGACUCUGGAUGUUUUGUACUCAGCGAUAAAUCAUCUGGGUCAUUUGGUUUCAGUUCAAUUGAAGAGGCCAAGAAACAUCUCGAAAUACAUUUUUCUUCAUACUCUAAAGCUUCCAAACUCGAUGUUCAUGUUUGGAAUACAGCAAUUUUUAUUUGGUAUUUCCGUCUCGUUUUGAUUGAUUUUAGGACCGAAUGGACUGAAGUGUUCCAAAAGUCGGAAAGUUGGAUUAGCGAACAAGUUCCAGAUGAACAAACAAGAAUAGAACUUAUGGAUGCGGCCAAAAUCUUUGUCAUAAAGAGGUUCCAAGUUGGACAGUCAUCCAUAGAUGAAGAUAAUUCACUUCGGUAUUCUCGAGAUAGUAUUGUUCAAGAACCUCUUGCUACCGAAGAUGAUGAUGAUGAUAUAAUUGCUUCUGAAGAAGUUAUUGGUGUCAUUAGGUUUGACAUCAAGUCUGCUAAAGAUCUCAAAAAAUCUUGGUUUAUGUACUCCCACCCAGAUCCUUACGUUCGAAUUCUCAAUUCCACGUCUAAAGAAAUCGGCCGUACUAUUACCAUUAACGGAACUAACAAUCCUACAUGGAACGAAUUUUUCCUUGUUCCAAUUCACCGUGUUACCGAAAAAAUAACCUUCGAGAUUAAUGAUUAUAAUAUUUUCGUAUCCGACACACUACUUGGUACUUACGUCUUCGAAUCUAGCUUUAUUGUGGAAAAGAAAGACGACGGUUCUUUGAUAAGCGAAAAAGUCUUUGACCAACAGGUUCCACUUCAACUUGACAACAAACCUGUUAAAGGAAGUCUUGAUUUGUGUGCUAAAUUCUUCUCCUCCGUUUUCAAUUCAGAGGAGAACUUUGUCUUUUCACAAGAGGCCUUUACACUUCAUCAUCUCUAUAUCAUUUUCGGCUGGCGGCUUUCAAGUGGAGCUUUUACAUUUUCUGAGAAUCUGGCUCGAUUCCUUAAUUUAAAGAAUGAGCAAGAGUUGGUCGAAAAAUUCAAGCAAUAUGUUGCUACUGAUCAGUAUCUUCUAAAGUGCGAUAUGGAUGUAUGGUCAACUGCCAUUGUUAUCACUUACCUUAGGAUCAUAUGUUGGAAAUACUAUAGUGAAUGGAAAACUCAAGUCUCAAAGAGCGAAAAAUGGUUGAAUUUACAAAUAGAUGAUACUGACGUUGAAGAUAGAUUAUAUGAGGCAUGCAAAAAAUUCAUUAUUGAAGUAUUCAAAAUCACAAGCUUUGAGGAUGAUCAAUUAAAAGUUCUAACUCAAGAUAAAAAAAUAAUUGUUACUCGUAAAAACAUUACUGUCCGUUUUAUCCGACGCAUUGUUAGGUAUCAAGCAGAAGAUGGCAGUAUAGCUUUGAACGAAAAAGUUGUCAACUUCUACUGGUUUGAAUCAGAGGAUGAAUUUAUUAAAUAUCUCAAAAACUAUUUCAAAACCGAGCGUGUUACGAAACUUCAUAUCAACGUUUGGAUUACUGCAUGUACAAUUUUGUAUCUUCGAUUGGUUGCUAUCGAUCACAGCAAUGAAUGGUCUCAAAACUAUGAAAAAUCAUAUGAAUGGUUGGUCAAACAAUGCAAAGAGGAUACUGAAUUAGUGAACGAGAUUUUGGAAUGUGCCAAAAAAUUUGUAGUAGAAAGAUACCAAGUCAACAAGGAAGCUGAAGAAGCUGACAGCAAAUUU